AGGAGAGAUCAGUGAACUUGAUCUCAGACACGAAGCUGUAGUUGGAGUUAAAAGUCUGUGAUCUUUUUUCUUUCUCGGUGUCAUUCGACCCCUACCUGCCAGAGGAGCCCGGUGGCAGAAUGGCUGGCAGACUCUCCCUCCCUGAGGUGGACCUCUCCUGUCCCAUAUGCUGCGAUAUCUUCAGGGACCCGGUGGUCCUCAAGUGCAGCCACAGCUUCUGUGCGGAGUGCUUGCGGCUGUACUGGGACCAGGGGACCCGUGGCCAUGACUGUCCGCUCUGCAGGAGGGAGUCGGUGGAUGAACCCGUGGCCAGUCUCACCCUGAAGAACUUGUGUGACUCUUACGUCCAGGACGGCGGGCGGCUGGAGGCCGCGGUAGGAGAGCUGUACUGUGAUCCUGGGGAGAUUUGCCCCCUUCACGGGGAGAAGCUCAAGCUCUUCUGUCUGCUGGACAAGGAGCCCAUCUGUGUGGUUUGCCACACUUCCAGGAAGCACAAACAGCACGACUGCUGCCCUGUUGGCGAGGCCAUCAUUGACAUGAAGGAGCAAAUGGAGUCGACCCUCAGUGCUUUACAGGAGAAGCGGGAGGCCUUCAACAAAAUGAAAGAUAACUAUGUGGACACCAUGGCGUAUAUUCAGGUCCAAGCGCAAAUUGUGGAAAGGCGGACCCGAGAGGAGUUCGAGAAACUUCACAGUUUCCUUCAAGCCGAGGAAGACGCUAGAUUAAAAGCUCUGAAGAAAGAAGAAGAGAAGAAGUGUCAGGCAAUGAGACAGAGGAUUGAAGAAAUCACAGGAAACAUAACCUCCCUGUCCGACUCCAUCAGAGCCAUAGAAGAGGAAAUGGCUAUAAAGGACAUCUCCAGCCUUCAAAAAUGCAAGAAGACAAUGGAAAGUGCUCAGCACCCACUGCGGGAUCCAGUUAUGGCUCCCGGGUCACUCAUAGAUGUGGCCAAGUACUUGGGCUCUCUCAGCUACACUGUGUGGGAGAAGAUGCAAAAGAUCGUCACAUACACCCCGGUGACUCUGGACCCGAACACGGCUGCGCCAUGGCUGCUGCUGUCGGAUGACCUCACCAGCGUCGGUGACUGCGAUGACAAACAGAAGCUGCCGGACAACCCGGAGAGGUUUGACCCUGACACGGGCAUACUGGGCCACCGAGGCUUCACCUCCGGGAGGCACACAUGGGAGGUGCAGGUCGGGGAAAACAGCGCUUGGGUUGUUGGCGUAGCCAAAGAAUCUGUCCAGAGGAAAGAGAAGGUCUCCUCUGUGGUCAAGAACGGCUACUUCUCUGUGUACUUUUACCACAAAAUGUACUUCGCAGGCACUUCUCCUUUGACGAGGCUUAUUUUGAAGAGAAACCCUGAGAAAAUCCGAGUGCAGCUGGACUGUGACCAGGGCCAGCUUUCUUUCUACAACCCAGCUGACAAUACUCACAUCUAUACCUUCAAACAUAACUUCAUCGAGAAGGUCUUCCCUUAUUUCUGGGUGGGAUGCAAGCAGUGUCCUUUGAAAAUUGAACCUAUGGUAGUUUCGGUGAAAGGCAGUUAUUGCUGAGAAUAUUGCGAAUUGAUUCUAUCAGUUUUCCUGUGUUAAUUUAAAGCUUUGCGUUUGAUUUGGGCUGGAAAUAACAGAAUUAAUGCUUCAGUCUACAUGUGCAAUGUAGGCUGACGUCCACUGUUUGUUUGAAGAGGUGACUGUGUAUUCUUUUGCUUGUAUUUUACCAAAUAAAAGUGAAUCAAAAAC